CUGUCGCUCGAGCCGUUUCCCCUAAACCGCGCACUAGUCUACCGCUUCAACUGUUCCCAAGCUGACUUCCUUUGAAAUCGUGGCUUAAGUUUUCAACGGAGCACCUCGUGUGUAAAUCAGAUCUUUUUCAUAUGGUCUUGGAGUUCUUUUCCUGCGUUGGAAUAAAUAAAACUAGAACCUCAAAUAUUAACAGCUUUGAACGGAAUGAUGAUGCGCGCGUGAACGGGGAAUACCACCUUUCCUGAAGACGUUUCCGAAUACAUGCUCAUGUGGAGACGGUCCAUCGUUUAUGUCGGACGAUGGCGAAGGCAUUUUCUGUCGUUUAUUUGAUGUACACUGUCCUUGGAAUCAGCCGGGUGACUGCAUUAGAGCUUAGAUUCACAUCUGAGCCCCCUGGCCUCAGCAUCCAAGAAAGCGUCCACAGAAUCAAUGCCACUGACACCCUGGAGAUUACCUGCAGGGGUCAGCAGCUCCUUGAGUGGGACACACCUUUCAACCGGAGUCACGUGGACGGCCGCCUGUCCUUGGUGGACUGCAGUGGAGCCGGUCUGUUCUGUAGUACUCUGAUUGUCACCGCGGCGACAGCCAAUGAGACAGGACUUUACCGGUGCUCCUUCCAGAACCAGCCGGUGGAGGCUGGAAAGACAUCUGCCUCUGUAUAUGUGUUUGUCCAAGACUACAGGUCCCCGUUUGUCCGCUCGGCCCACCCCUAUGACGUGGUGUUUAUCCGGGAGGGGGAGCAAGUGGUCAUCCCCUGUCUUGGUUCCGUAGAGGACAUCAACGUCACUCUCUUCACGAAGUACCCUCCAAAAGAGGUCACCUCAGAUGGGAAGAAAGUAUACUGGGACAGCAAAAGGGGUUUCGUCCUGCCCAGUCACCUGAUCAGCUUUGCUGGCCUGGUCUACUGCCAUACCCACAUCCAUAACGAGACCUUCUCCUCCUCCCUAUAUCUCAUUGCUGUUGUAGGAUACAAGAUCUAUGACCUCACUGUGACCCCUGGGGAGGAGAGACUGUCUGUAGGGGAGAGGCUGGUGCUCAACUGCACCGCUCACACAGAGCUCAACGUGGUCUUGGACUACACAUGGAAGUUUCCACAGGGCCAGGUCCAGUCUGUGAACAGCUCUCUGUCUCGAGCUAAACUCCAAUCUCACAAGAAGAAACUGUGGAACACUCUAGAACUGUCCAACAAGUUCAUCAUAGAGAAUGUGACAGUAGAAGACGCCGGAAAAUACUCCUGCACUGCUUCCAGUGGUGGAAUGAUUAAGACUUCCAGUGCUACUCUUACAGUCUAUGGAAAGCCCUUUAUAGAGCUGAGUGAUCAAUUGAUUGACACCCUGGAGGUCUAUGCCAAAGAUGGGAUAGUCAAGAUCCCUUUGAAGUACACUGCCUACCCAGAACCCUCAGUGAAAUGGUUUAAGAACGAUCAGCCCAUCAGAAAAGAGGACAGCUACAACAGGGUGAAGCCAGGGAGGGACCACCUCACCAUCCAGGAUGUGGUCGAGAAGGAUGCUGGGAAUUACACAGCGGUCCUGACCAACCGGAUCACCAAAGAAGAGCACAGGCACACUUUCAGACUGCUGGUCAAUGUUCCACCUCAGAUCUUUGAGAAGGAGGUUGCGGUGCAUUUAGACGCACACAUGUACGGCAGUAGCCCCGCCCUCCGGUGCACCUCGGGGGGGCCCUCUCCAGUCGACAUCCAAUGGCAGUGGAUGCCCAAGGAAGACUGUCCAAUCCUCUUCCAGCCUGUGAGUCGACUGAAGGAGUGCUCCCAGUGGAGGGACCUCACCAACGGCACGGCUCUCAACCACGUCAGCAGCCCUAGCACCAUCGCCGACGCCUCUCUCAAGACUGUGAGCACACUGAAGAUCCGGAAGGCUGAGGACCACGCUAUCUACAGGUGCAUCGCCACCAAUAAAGCAGGAGUGGAUGAGUACAUCAUCGUCUUCCAGGUCACACGGGGCCUGGAGCUCAGUUUGAAUUCCUCAUCCGAGCCCAUCGAGCAAGACAACGUGGCUCUGCAGUGCACAGCAGACCGGCUGCUCUACGGCAACUUGACCUGGUACCGGGUGACAAACGUGUCCAGCAGCCCAGAGACCCAGGCCUUCCCGGCCGCCCAACCCUGCCGCACCCUGCCCCGGCCCCUCCUGCCUCUGCCCCAGGCCACGCCGCUCAGGGUGCAAGGCAGCAACAUCACCAUGGAGCUGCUGCUGACCAACGCCUCCCUGCAGGACGAGGGCCUCUACGUCUGCCAGGUGGAGAGCCUCACCACGUCGUCCGAGAAGACCUGCCUGCUCCACUACCUCUCGCUCAGAGCCCUGGAACCAGCCAAAAUCACCAGCGUCCUCACCGACCAAAGAGUGAAUGUGAGUGACUCGACCACAAUGACAUGUGAGGUGUCAGGCACUCCAACACCAACCAUCAUCUGGACCAAGAACAACCGGACUGUGGGAGAGGAGUCGGGUGUACUUCUGAAGCGGUCCAACAGCACAUUGACCAUCCUGCGGGUCAAGAAAGACGACAGCGGCCUAUACGUCUGCAGCGCCUGCAACAGCCAAGGCUGUGACACAGACCAGGCCUUCCUCAGCGUGGAAGGUGCCGAGGAGAAGAUGAACGUGGAGCUGAUCGUGCCCAUAGGAGCCGUGGUCAUAGCCAUCUUCUUCUGGAUCCUCAUCGUCUUCGUCAUCCGGAGCCGGAAACGGCCAAAUGAGGAGCUGAAAACUGGCUACCUGUCAAUGAUCCUGGACGAGGAUGACAUGCCGAUGGAUGAGCACUGCGAGAGGCUCCCUUACGAUGCCAACAAGUGGGAGUUUCCCAGAGACCGACUCAAGCUAGGAGAGCCACUGGGUCGAGGAGCCUUCGGUCAGGUGGUGGAGGCCUCGGCAUUUGGCAUUGAGAAAGCCACAACCUGCACCACUGUGGCAGUGAAAAUGCUUAAAGAGGGCGCCACUACCAGUGAGUACCAGGCCCUCAUGUCUGAACUGAAGAUUCUCAUUCAUAUCGGCCAUCAUCUCAAUGUAGUCAACCUGCUUGGAGCAUGCACAAAACCAGGAUGUCCUUUGAUGGUGAUUGUGGAGUACUGCAAGAACGGAAACCUCUCCAGCUACUUGAAGAGCAAGCGGGAGGAGUACAGCCCUUUUAAGAGACGAGGUCCAAGCUCCUGGCCCAGCCCGUCUCAGGUGGAGGAGGACUUCAGCCAGGGGGACCUGGGGUUGGGCACGAGGCUGGACAUCUGCACCGGCACUGCAACCUGCUCACGCGAGGACUGGGCAGAGAGCUGCCUGGAGGAGCAAGAGAGCUCAGACUGGGACCAUCUCGCUCUGGAGGACCUCAUUAGUUACAGCUUCCAGGUGGCCAAGGGCAUGGAGUUCCUCUCCUCUCGAAAGUGCAUUCAUCGGGAUCUGGCAGCUCGGAACAUCUUGCUUUCAGAAAAUAACGUGGUGAAGAUCUGUGACUUUGGACUGGCCAGAGACGUGUACAAGGACCCCGACUACGUCCGCAAGGGAGAUGCUCGUCUUCCUCUGAAGUGGAUGGCCCCGGAGACCAUCUUUGACCGUGUCUACACCACACAGAGCGAUGUGUGGUCAUUUGGAGUCCUGCUCUGGGAAAUCUUCUCUCUGGGGGCGUCCCCCUAUCCCGGCGUGGCCAUCGAUGAGUCCUUCUGCCGCAGACUGAAAGAGGGCGCCAGGAUGAGAGUGCCUGACUACGCCACACCAGAGAUCUACCAGACCAUGCUGGACUGCUGGCUGGAACGGCCAACAGACAGACCCACAUUCGCUGAGCUGGUGGAACACCUGGGCAACCUGCUCCAGGCCAGCGCACACCAGGAUGGGAAAGACUACAUCCCUCUGACGGUCGGCGACCAGGAGGGCGUCUCAGGCUCUGCCCGUGCCAGAGGCCUCCUCGGCAGGUCACCCAGAGAGGACAGCACCGCUGCCCAGCUCCAUUACGACAACGCCCCAGCACUAGGGUAUCCCAUUCAGGGUGAUGGCCAGGCCCUAUUUGAGGACAUUCCACUGGGCCAUAGCCUUGUUCGGGAUGUUGAGAUUGACAGAGCAAUGGGCCUCUCCGCAGAAGAGAUGAAAAAACUGGACCACCACAGCAAUCUCAAUGGCACCUCACGCACACACCUCUUCAGCACGAACCUCCGGUGCAAGAGUAAAGAGUCGCUGGAAUCUGAGUCGUCCAAUCAGACGAGCGGGUACCAGUCUGGGUACCACUCUGAUGAUGCAGAGCGAGGAGAGGAUCCUAUCUACGCCAACGAGGAGAUGAUCCUGAAGAGGGACCCAAUGAAAAGGCCACUGCCCAAGCCUGCUGAGAAAUUUAGCAUGGAUGUACGUUACAGUGCACCGCCUGUUUAGCAUUUAGCUUUCAGAAACAGAAUUCAACAACUUUCAAAGCAAUAAAAUAACACCCUUCACAAAAGCCCUUAAUGUGAUCGCUUAAACCAAUAAGUCAAUAAGCCAACAAUUGAAUUCAAGGAGUGGACAAGCGUGUAACUGUGAUGAUGUGAUUUGUGCAGUCCUUUCUGUUGCCUAGCGAUAAGGCUGGAAGAAAUGAGCGACAAAGCUAUCUAUGAAAAAAAUGACACCUUGUGGAUCCAGGAAUAGUGUUGCCUUUUCUUUGUCUUUCCUUUUUCCACAUAAUUACGUAAUAAGCUAUAAGAUAUUCUGAAACGAAAUAGAAGUGCCUAAGUCCAAUUUUAAAACCCUGGGAUAAUGGCAUCAUUUUUGCAUUUAACUACUCAAAAAUAUUGAGGUCUUUCAAUCAGCCAGCUGUUUUACCCAAACACAGAACUGUCUCUAGGUUAGCCGGUUGCUAAUGUUUUAGAUAUGAGAAACUGAGGUUUUUCUUGGAAUAGAAAGCAAACGCAACACAAUGUAACUCGUGUUCCCUCAGGACUGGAGCUCAAAUAGGAGAGCUUCAAUUCCCUGUGAACCUUCAGCUUCUGCUCAGGUUGUCCUUACGUCGAGUGCCUUGUGGGGGAAAUACCAGUCUGUGCCCUUCAACCUUCUUCAAGCAUGCCCAUGGCACCAGUUCCUAUUAACUCCCAGAUAUUGGCCAGACAUGCCCCCGCUUCCACUUGUUUACAGGGCAGUCUGUCUCCUCACCCACCUCUGUUUCUUUGUUUUGAAAAGAAAUGUGAUAUACUACAUGGGGGAAGAGAUUAUGAUUUUCGAGUGUGUGUUCACAGUCAUUUCUUCUUUUUUUUUAAUUCUUUUUUUUUGUGCUGAUAACAGACUCCUUUUUUUUGUGUGAGUCUUAGAAGUGUAAUCGUGUUUGUGCAGAAACUGGAUGACCCCAGGAGCCUGUUGCCAGGGGGACCCUCCCAGUUCCUGUGACACAGGAAAUAGCAAAUGGAAUGUGAGACAAUCGAGUGAGCAAAUGUUUUCUUUCCCCAUUUUUCUCCGCCUUUUUUUCUCCUCUCCUCUCAAUUGUGUUUAAUAGAGGCAUGGGUUGCCUUUGUCUCUCCGGACUCAGAUCACGAAAUGACAUCAUGUUGAGGGCUUUUCGAUUGUACAGUUUAUUAUGAGAAUUUGUUUCCCUGUCGAAAAAUUCUUGUUUUAUUAUGCUUAUUCUAUUAUUGUUAUUAUUAUUGUUGUUAUUUACUGAUCUUGUAAAAAAAUUAACUAGUUUUAUAAAAAUAAACAUAUUUGCUGAUCAA